CUCCUGUGGAGGCGGGAAGUGCGAGGUGUUGCUGUGGUGACGUGUAACUCCUGACUGAGGAGCCGGAAGUAACUCGGAACUGGAAAGCAGAGUUUAGGGACUAAUAAAAACAACGUACACCUUAUCGUAGGGGAAGCGACGAUGGCCGGGGACCGAGGAAGUUGUUGUCGACUGUUCGUUUUCAUAUUUCUUUUUGGCUGCUGUGGCGCUAGGAUACACCAUCUAGCGUUGAAGAAUGAGACCCGAUCCCUGAUCCGCCUGAAUUCCUUUGGGUUCUACGGCAACGGCACACUGGACGUCAACCUGAGAGGGCUGAGCCUUAAAGACGAGAAAAGCAUCGACGGCAGAACGGUUGGGUUCAGUCUGUCGAAAUCCCGUGUCGAUGGAGUGUUGACCUACGCUGCGGAGGACCUGGAUGAAUGUGCGCUGAAUCAGAAGAGCAGCUCUGAGCCCCUCAUCCUCUUCCUCAUCGAUGUCAAAACCCAAGAAGUUAAAGUCCAGAUGUUUGGGGAGCAGGACAGCAUCCUCACCGUGGACUUGCAAAACAAGGAAGCCGAAAAGUCCUCAGGAAACAGAAGAAAAAGGGAAAGUCCUCAAGACGCGGCCAAAGCCCCCACCGAAAGCAGUCCGAUUGCUGCGGAGGUGUCGAAAGGGAAGGAGCCUGAGAAGAAGAAAGCUGAGCCCGAGAAGGGCGCGCGGAAGACCUCGCCGGGGAAGAGCCCCAGCACCUUGCCCAGUAAAGUGGAGAAGACGUUCGCCUUGGGAAAAAGAGACAACGUCUACAACUUCAGUUUUCACCUGACCUUCGGCUCCAAGUCCGAGGGACUGUACAGCCUCAACUUCCACAACUGCAGGAACAGGAUCCCCGGGAAGGAGAUCCCCUUCAACCUGGACGUGCUGAUCACGGAGAGGAACCCCGGGGGGUAUCUGUCGGCUGCGGAGAUUCCUUUGCCCCUGCUGUACAUAGUCAUGUCGGGCUUCUUCUUCACGGCCGCCAUGUUCUGGGUGUACAUCCUGCUGAAGCACAGGUUCAACGUCUUUAAAAUCCACUGGCUGAUGGCAGCGCUGGCCUUCACCAAGUCCCUCUCGCUCAUCUUUCACAGCAUAAACUAUUACUUCAUCAACACCAAAGGACACCCCAUUGAAGGCUGGGCUGUCAUGUACUACAUCACCCACCUGCUGAAGGGGGCCCUGCUCUUCAUCACUUUGGCCCUCAUUGGGACUGGCUGGGCUUUUGUCAAAUACAUCCUGUCGGACAAGGAGAAGAAGAUCUUCAUGAUUGUUAUCCCCCUUCAGGUCCUGGCCAAUGUGGCCUACAUCAUCAUCGAGUCGACGGAGGAGGGCAACAGUGACUACGCCCUGUGGAAGGAGAUCCUUUUCCUGGUCGACCUGAUCUGCUGUGGAGCCAUCCUCUUCCCCGUGGUCUGGUCAAUACGUCAUUUGCAGGAAGCCUCCAGCACAGACGGGAAAGCUGCCAUGAACCUGGAGAAGCUGAAGCUCUUCCGGCACUACUACGUGAUGAUCGUGUGCUACAUCUACUUCACCCGGAUCAUCGCCAUUCUCCUCAAAGUCACCGUGCCGUUCCAGUGGCAGUGGUUCUAUGAGCUGCUGGUGGAAGUCUCCACUCUGAUCUUCUUUGUGCUGACGGGGUACAAGUUCAGGCCGGCCUCCAACAACCCCUACCUCCAGCUGCCCCAGGACGAGGAGGAUGUGGAGAUGGACGAAGUGGUGACGGAGUCUGGUGUAUUGGAGGGGAUCUCCAAAGUGAAGAAGACGUCCAAUGGCAGAGAGAGACUGAGAGACUCGGCGGUGUGAGACCGCCUGAGGCGAGCCCUGCACUCCCCCUUCCUCUCCAGGAGCUCGCGGCCUGCUUUGCAGCCCCGGGUUGCCUUGCUCUAUGCAAACGAACGCUGGAUUUUGUUGUGACGUGUUCUGUCUUUUUUUUGUUGCCGUUUUUUUGAGAGAGAAUCGGAAUCAGCAGGCCCCGUGAAGCUUGAAGCCUCCUAUUUUUUUCCAUCAAUUUCCUUUUUUUUUUUUGCUUCGACACCCGUUGCUGUGUCUCCCCACUUCACCCCCCAGCUGAGCCCCUGAGAGCGGGGCAGUGAAAUGUUCAUCUUGAGGGUGAAGAGAGCAGCCCCAAGGACCAUGGCAUUUUUAAAAGACACGUCCCGCUGUCUGCAGGGGGCUAUCCUUUCUCCUUUUGCUGUGUCUGCAGUCGGGUCAGAAGACGGAGGGUGUUCGAAUUCCUCGAUCUUUAAUGGCACGUUGGGAAAGCAUCUCUGACCCAAAAAUGGAAAUGGCAGAGAGCCCGAGUCCAGUAAUAAGUGACUCUGAAUACCACUCCUCCCCUUAAGAAUCCUGCUCCCGUUCUGGUACAGUCUGGCUACACAGCCCCUGAGGCUGACUCCAUCCCUGAUGCAAAAACUUUAAAGAAGCACGCAGAGCCUUCAGUGUCCGGCACACUGGAAUGAUCUCGCUGAUCUCCUUGUCCAAGCCAUUCCAGCACAGGGCCCGCCGGAGUCCCGGCUCACAGCGCUCUCAACUUGGGGUACCGCACGGCGGUCCACGGCGGGGGGGGGGGGGGGGGGUGUUGGGGUUGAGGCGGAGCCCCGUCUUUUUUUCUGAGUAACAAGUAGCUCGGAAAUGGGAAAUGGCAGGCAACGUAUGUAUUUAUUUUUUAAAUCGUAGGUGGUAGCCUUUAAAAAAAAAAAGAUCUGAGAUGGGUCAUCUCUGUAUCUCUGUAAUUAUAAGACGGAUUUUUUUUACUUCAUUCCAGAAGAACCAGGCCUCCUCUUACAGCUUGUUUGCCUCUUCGGAAACUCUCGUUUGCAACCCGGAUCACCUUUGCUAGGUCUCUGCACAUGAUUGCUAGUAGUAGUAACCCGAAUCCAAAGUGCAGUUUGUUACAGUUUGUUUGUGCGGUCCAGGUGGCUGUUCUAUUUCAGCAAAGAAAAGUUUGAACAGGACUAGAUUACUGUACUUCUCCUUUCAUGUGCAACUCAGUCCAGCCACACUUCAAGUGUUUUUAUUUAUAUGUACCUGUAUAUACAUGUUUUUUUGUGUGUUAUUUGGUUUUACAGGGCAUUUGAUUCAUGGGAUUAAAAAAAUCUUGAGAAACGUAGUUUAUGAACAUGAGCACCCAUAGUGCUUCAGAGUUUCUGUCAAGCUCCCAGAAUUGUAUGGUUAACUCUUUACCGUACCUCUUCCUGGAUUUUGAUCUUAUCUAUAAAAUGGAAAAUAUCAGUGCAGCAGGUUUGGCGCUGGUGUGGGACGCUUUAGAAAUCGGCCUGUUAAAGCACCUGGAAGCACGCGAUUGGUGUCGAGUCCUAAAGACCACACGCCAGGGUGAUCCAGAACCAUGCCUUCCUAACUUCCUCUUAAAAGACACAGGGCCAGCAGAGACAGCCUUGUUCUCUUUCCUUUCCUGUACGCCAGCGCUUCUCGGUCCUGGUCCUUGGGGACCCCUGUGUCUGCUGGGGUUCAUUCGCCGCCAGUGCUGCCUGCAGCCUGGAACUGAUCUGCUUACGGGUGUAGACCCUCUUCUGCACUCAGUCCUCAAUUUCUGACCCCCCCCCCCAGUUAAAGUGCAUUAUUUUCAGCAACUUGUGCCCACAGACCUUUUUGCAGUUUCUGCUCCACUUGCUAAUUAAGAAUGCGCUUGCUUAUCUCUGGAUGAACAUUUCGUAGUAGGCAAUCAGUUGAAGAGGAACAAACACAGGAGGGGGAUGACCCUGUACCAGACACGCCCGCGGUGAGUCAGGGCUUUUUCUUUGGAUAAAAUCCUCAACGCCUUAGCACGGGGUUCAUUUUAAUUACAAGUCUCAUGCAGCUUCUUCAGUGCUGACAGCAAAUUAAAAAAACAACUCUCACAGAAAAUGAAGAUAAUUUGGCACUGGGGAUGAGGGGCUCGGCCAGGAAGAUGUAUAUGAGCACUGCAGGACCAGGAUGAGAGAAUCACUGUCUUAUGCCAGUAAAAGGCCCUUGAAAUCAGAGAUGAGCUGAGUUGCGAAAAGGCACCACCAGCUCUGCACUUGCAAAGCUAUGCAUUCGUGUAAAAAUGGUGUACAUAUAUUAUAAAUAGAUCUGAAGAUAAAUGUAUCAUUUACUGUGCUAAUCCUGCAGGACAGCCAGGAAGACUGUGCUUGAAGAAACAAAAAUCAAGAAGCCAACGUGUACAAAUUCUGUACUUUUGCCCUGCUUUUGUAAAAUGAAAUUAAGCUCUUACAGCAAAAGAUGGGGUGUAAAUGUUUCCAAGGCCAGAGAGGCGUUGUUUUGAGCAGGACGGCCGGCCCACUUGUGUGUGUGUUUGCGUUCGGACUGUGCUAUAGCCCAUGAGAUGGUUGUUUCAGUUCUUCUCCUGCAGCCUCCCAAACCCUGUCCCACCCUCCCGCACAAAACAGUCCCGGUGUCCUCACUGGACCACAGUGGCUGCCGUCCACAACUGCGGCUCGCAGACAGCGACACCCACUGCAGGGCCGUGUCUCCGGCCGACGUCACUGCUGCCGUCCCUGCCUCAGUCGCCCCUCUGUAGUGGGCGGAAACAAACAGUCCCGUGUCGGAAAUGGACUCUGUGAUUUCCUUCACGGGCUCGCUGCUUGGCCCGUUCUUGAACUGGGCAGUGAAGAUGGACAGCGGGUGACCAGGAGGCGCAUCUCGGAGAGAACCCAAUACUGGUAGACUACAGGCAAGGAAUUCCCUAAAUAGGUAACAAAGCUUGUUACGCUACAGCGAGCCGCUUGUAUUCUGGCCGUUCAGCUAUGAUCUUCAACCUUGUCCUCAGGAGACUAGAAUUUCUGGGUUUCAUUCACCGAGCUGUGAAGUACUCAGAAUCUUAGCUGGAUCCAAGCCGAUGCUUUUAGAGCCUGGUGGGAUUGCUUGGAGCUCAUUUGGCCCGUGGAAAUGUAAACCACCACAGAACCACUGUGGUUCUGUGUGGAGGUGGAUCAGGAUCAGGACGAUCCGGCUCUAGUCCCGCAGGGCAGGUGUGUCUGCAGGUUUUCCAUGUCUCUGUAAGGAGCCAGGUACUGUUAAGCUGGGAAGAAGUUGCUCGGGAAGUUGGUCCAGUUAAGCCCAGCUGAAAUGAAAACCUACAGCAAGACCAGCAUUCCAGGCCCGGAGCUGGACCCCUCUGAGCCUGUUAAAUGAGUUGGACCUCAGGAACUGCAUGACUUCAGACCUGGAGGGCUAGAAGGCUUCAUUGUUUUCUUUCCACCCAUGUCCUUCAUUACCUAACUGAGCUCAGUAUUUGCUUAAUUUUUCAAAAGUGUUUGCAAGACCUGAAGGCUUUCCUUGUUUUCGAGCAAAGCCUGCGGGCCGCGGCCCUCGAAGACCAGAGCUGGUCUGUCACUCCUGUGCCUCCUUAGUAUUUGUGAACCAGGCGAUGAGUUGUUGAUCUGCUCUGUGGCCCUAGUUUCUCUUUAGACAAAGUGAAUGAAUUGCCAGGGUAAUAAUGUAAAGAGCCCGUUUUCAGAAGUGGGUGGUGUGUCACCCAGUUUCAGGCUCAUGCACACGGUUCAGGGGGCGGCAGGUGUUGCAGUGUUCAUGGUUCGAUAGCUUUAAUUGUCUCGGAGUUGGACGGAGAGUACGUCUGGGAGCAUGCUUCUCAGUGUGUCUGCACAUAGUAUGUGUGAUGGGACAUUUUACAGUGUGCAAUGGUUUUUUCUUUCUUGAGUGCUGUUGAUUUUAAGAAUCCUGUUUUUUUUAUUGCUGGUUGGGAGGUCUAUGCAGCAUCCAAAGCACUGGUGUCCAAGUGCUACUUCCUGUAUAAGAAAAGUACUUUGUAUGAUUCCUUUAAAGUAUUACAACUUGGAUCACUUUUUGUGAUAUUUUUCUUGAUGUAUAAAGCUACUCAGAUGUGCUGUGUAUAACUAAUGUGCACAUGUGGAAAUAAAUCUAAUUAA